AGCCACUGGCUGCCGCCACAAUGUUGUGGGUCCGCCAGACUAGAACCUCUUUUAUCGAGCGAGCUGCGUGAGGCGACAGCGCGCUCUGCUAUCGAGGCCGCGCGGCGUCCUCCGUCGGUCCCGGUCGUGGAAGAGGACACGUUGUACGAGCGGGUAUGAAAUAAGUGCUGGGGGAAACGACUGCCAGAGGAUUUAACGCUGGAAAAGAACUGGCUGUAUUGGCCGUGAUGAGCUUUCUGUGAAGACGGCCUAUGGUGAAUGCUCAGGGUUUUCUACAAAGAUGCGUUGCCUGGCAGCCCGAGUCAACUACAAGACCCUGAUUGUGAUCUGCACGCUCUUCACCCUCCUCACGGUGCUGCUGUGGAACCGCUGCUCGAGCGAUACCACCCUGCGAUUUCCUCCCAGGCCUCAGCCGCCGGCCACCCCCAAGGGAGAGCGCAACCCCCAGCAGCCGCAGCCUCCCGAGCCUCCGCCUGUGGUGGGCGGGCUCAGGUACGAGGAGAUCGACUGCUUGAUCAAUGACGAGACGACCGUAAAAGGACGGCGCGAGGGCAACGAGGUGUACCUGCCCUUCAGCUGGCUGGAGAAGUACUUUGAGGUGUACGGCAAGGUGGCACAGUACGACGGCUACGACCGCUUCGAGUUCUCCCACAGUUACUCCAAGGUUUACGCACAGCGGGAGCCCUACCACCCCGAUGGCGUGUUCAUGUCCUUUGAGGGCUACAAUGUCGAGGUGCGUGACCGUGUCAAGUGCAUCAGCGGCGUGGAAGGAGUACCCUUGUCCACACAGUGGGGCCCUCAGGGCUACUUCUACGCGAUUCAGAUUGCACAGUACGGUCUGAGCCACUACAGCAAGAACCUGACCGAGAAGCCGCCCCACGUGGAAGUGUACGACGCGGCAGAGGAGCGUGACAGCCGGCCGGCCGCCUGGAAUGUGCCCAGGGGCUGCUCUCUCACGAGGGUCUACGACAAGGCUCGCGCCAGCAGCGUACGCCAAUUCAGCGCACCAGAGAAUUCAGAGGGGAUCUCACUGCCUCUGGGGAACUCGAAGGACUUUAUCAUCUCCUUUGACCUCAAGUUUGUGUCCAAUGGGAGCAUCUCAGUGGUGCUGGAGACCACUGAAAAGAACCCUCCAUUCGUCAUCCAUUACGUCACUACAUCUCAGCUCAUCGCUUUCAAGGACCGCGACAUCACGUAUGGGUUGGGAGCACGCACCACCUGGAGCACGGUCACGCGGGACCUGCUGACAGACCUACGCAAGGGUGUGGGCCUGUCCAAUACCAAGGCUGUGAAGGCCACCAAAAUCAUGCCAAGGCGUGUGGUCAGACUGGUGCUGCGUGGUCGUGGCUUCAUCGAUAACGUCACCAUCUCCACCACGGCCCACAUGGCCGCGUUCUUUGCCGCCAGCGACUGGCUAUUACGCAACCAGGAUGAGCGCGGCGGUUGGCCCAUCAUGGUGACACGUAAGUUGGGUGAUGGCUUUCGCUCGCUGGACCCUGGCUGGUACUCUGCCAUGGCCCAGGGGCAGGCCAUGUCCACGCUGGUGCGUGCCUACCUCCUCACUAAGGAGCCGGCAUACCUCAACGCCGCGUUGCGUGCUAUCGGCCCGUACAAGCUGCCCUCAGGGCAGCAUGGGGUCAAGGCUGUCUUCAUGGACCGAUAUGACUGGUAUGAGGAGUACCCGACGACGCCGAGUUCCUUCGUGCUCAACGGCUUCAUCUAUUCUCUUAUCGGCCUGUACGACCUGGCCGAGACUGCCGGGGAUGAGCGGGGCCGUGACGCAAGGCUGCUCUUCAGUAAGGGCAUGGAGUCCCUGAAAGCUAUGCUGCCCCUGUAUGACACUGGGUCCGGCACGAUCUACGACCUGCGCCACUUCAUGCUGGGCUCGGCACCCAACCUGGCACGCUGGGACUACCACACUACGCACAUUAACCAGCUGCAGCUGUUGGCCUCCAUUGACGAUGCCCCCAUCUUCAAAGACUUCGUCAAGCGCUGGAAAAGCUACCUGAAAGGCGGCAGGGCCAAGCACAAUUAGAGCUGCCCAGCGAGACCCAACUUAAAGCCUAGCUCGAGCGUUUGUCCGUUUCGGUUUCCCAGCACCGAGAAGGCGGUUCGCUCCAUCGCGCUCCUCAGGCACAUCUUUGAGGCUGUAAUGGAGAAUGCGUUCCGUCUUCUCUGGGCUGGCAAUUGUAAUUCACUACUAAUGUGGCUUCAGGGAGUAUGUAUGUACAUGCUGUAUGGAAGGGAGUAGAAGUUGUUUUCCUCACUUGUCUGUUAUGAGUUGAAUCCUGGUGUCUGCAGGACACGAAGAAGAAACUGGCUACAUGGAAGUAAGAAGAAUCAGGUUCAGGGUUAAAAUUGAGGAGGGUUGGUGCCUGACCCUGCACUGCUUUAUCGUUUCUUCCGGUAUCUUAAAUUUUUUUUUCCCCCCCACACCUUCCUUUAAAUUGUGUCAUCAAAAUGUCUCUGAAAUGAGUAACUGCUAUGGUGGAGCCAUACGUAUUGGAGAAAUGGUGAAGUGGUAGACGAUAGACGACACGGGUCACUGGAAACAUUUCUCAACCCAAAGAUUAGAAUUUUUAAGAUGCAGGCUUUCAUGGUACAUCGCUUAUUUACAUGACUAAACAUUUUAUUCCUGCUCCUGCCGUCACACUUGCAUCUGUGUUGACAGCGGAUUUCCUCUCGACCCCACACCCUAGGGCCUUUGUCAUGUCACAGCGAUGCUGGGUCACAUGCCUCUCUUGCACAUUCAGAUCACUUUUCAACAAGAUCUUCCCAAACGAGGCUGCUUAAAUUCAGGGCGUGAGGUAUUGAAAGAAAUAGAAAGGUGGUAAUCUGGCUUCUCAAAGAUCAAACUCCAUCUUGCGUCUUCCCCUGACCUGAGAAAACAGCUUCCCGGGCUUGUUCCUUGGGUUCCUCCAUUGCGUUGAAUUCGCCCCUUGUCUUACUUUGCUUCGCUUCACCCUGCAUAUUUAAGCUCUGAAAGGGUCAGUCUUGUGCAGAUCCACGUCCAGGAUCCCACCUCCUGCCCCACCGCUGCCACACUUUACUUCCACUUCCCUCUGUUUAAAUGAACACUGCCUAUAGCAGAGGCAGAGUCUGCACAGGGCUCUCGCUCGCCUCUGAUUCCGUGAGCCACGCCUCAUUUCAGUGGUUACAGGCAGUGCGGUCUCUUAUCAACCUCCGGAGCUAGAGGUACCACCCUGGAGGAAGUCCCAGGUCCCAUGUCGGUGCUGAUCCCCCACGGGCAUCCCGGUAUUAUCUGCAGAGUCCUUCAGCGUUCCCGGGUCAGGAAAGGGCUGAUAAGCAGUUGUGCCGCAGUCCCGCCACCACAGAUGUGGAAUUUGCCAUUUUAUAUUAGAACACAAGAUGAGCUGGGGAGGGGCCGAUUUCACGGCGGCCUGCGGCACUACAGGAGCGGAGCUGCGAACGGCGUUACUGCAGCUGAAUUACCGUUUACUGGUUACUGUGUACUUGAGAGGAGCCCGGUGUCAGGUAGACGGGAGGCUACUGCCAACAUCUAGAGCUGCUCAACGACAUUGACCACGUUUGCAGCGUACCUUUGGGUUUAACUAAACCAACAAUUAGACGUAGCAGCACCUCGCUUCAUUACCGAAAUGGAACGUGAUAAUCCAGAUAAUCAAGACCCUCAUAAGAGUGCGGUUGUGGCUGUUGUAACGUUUUAUAAAAAUGACGCAAGAGUGACGGGCGCGUCUCCCUGUCCCGCCAUCUUUGAGCACCGGGUGAAAAUAAGGGGAAGCUUCGACAGACUUUUCUCUGACCUGCUGAAUCUGUGUGAAAAAGGAUCGUUGCGGCUUGAGGAAAUAUUCGAUGUUUUCUUUCCGCUUUGUUCGGUGCAGUACAAGUUUGACAUCCAGCCCUGCUUCGUUUUCGAAAGUCGAAAGUCAAAAGUCACACCACACAGAGCGCUGGAAUCUUUCCCAGCUUACUCGCCCGAGCAAGUUUUCGUCCCAUCUUCACCAGAGUAAGAUGUGUUUAGUCUGCACGCGCGCUUGCGUGUGUGGGAUCGGGGCUGCGUGGGAGCCGUUUUUCUUGUGGAAAGGGCACAAGGAAAACAUCCUCAGCUGCUUAACAAGAACACCGCCAGCAGGUUCUUAGUGUUGAUAUGAAUCCUGGCACAGUUUGCAGCCACAGCUAAUGAGCGCUCCCCUCCCAUAUCAGCUGUUCGUGUGGGCUAAACCUAAUUAAUCUUUCGCCUCUCUUAUUGACAGAUGACUGAAUGAGGAGGGAGCCCUUGGAGGUUCUUUUAAUUGCUUUGGUUAAUACACUUAAAGUCUUGAUUUCGGGGGCGGAGCCGUCCGCAGAGGCGCGAGGUCAACGUUUUCCUCUCGGUGCAGCACGAGCUCAUGUCUGCUCACCAGAAAUGCGUAUGAAAACACAAAUAAUGAAACGAUAAGCUAUAUUGUGACGAUCUGCGCUCCGCUGUGUUGUUCCCAGGUGAAAAAAUCCUAAGCAGGCGACGGCAGCAGCGCUUGCAGUGAAAGUCGCUCAUUUAAUGGCGUGUUGUUUUGUAGCUCAGGGUUUAAGGAAUCGUGUCGCUCGGUGGGUUGCUGGAGUAACGGUGAUGGGGGUGGGGCCGAGCGCUCCUCGGGGCCAGUUUGUGUAGGAUGUGCCGCGGUAACAAGACGGAGUCGAGUUCCACCGGAUGACGGCAAUCGGCACUGACCCCCCGCGGCUUGGGCCUCAUUGGCACUCUGUUGGAGCUCCGCUGUCCUCCGUAGGGCUGCAGGCCUUUCCAGCAGGGCCUCAGUCGUGGUCCGCACAGAAAACGUCCAGCCGGGGGGUGAAUGGACGACUGUCGUGCGGAGGUCAGCGGAGGCUUCCGUGUGAAAUGAUGGCGCGGUCCUGCAUCUUAUUACUUUUUCCGUCAUGAAUUACUACUAUGCACAUUUCAUAUUUGCCACUUUGUUGGGCCGAGACAGUAGCGUGUUCCUAAAGGGGAAAAGUUGUCUUUCCUGGGUUCGACCGGACGUGGAGCUCGCGCGCUGUUCAUACCAAAGUCUCUAAGGACCAGGUUGUUGACCAGAGGGUUGUUGAUCUCACUUCAAAGAUAAUGACAUGUAGUUGCAAUGUGUUGUCUAGUACUGAUUUCCAUGAAAUGUUUUACUAUAUCUAUUGCUUUGGAAAUGUCAUAUUUCCUGAUAAAUGGGAAGACGGUGGCCGAGUCGUCCGUCCGUCCUCUGAAGAGGGAAAGCAAACGGUUUGCAAUUGUAGUCAGAUUCAGAUUUUAUAGUGUAGAGUUUGAACUAUGACAAACAGGAGUCAAGAAGAUGUAAUUUCUGCAGUCCAGGGGAUGUGUGCAAAUGUUCAACUGUUGUCAAGAACUGAUAAUGUUUCAAAGGGAAAACCGGCUCUUAAACAGCAGUAAAUCCCCGUAAGGGUUUGCUUUUUUUUAAAAAAAAAAAAAUUUUAUUUUUUUUUUUUAUUAAUUCAUUUGCUUGGGGUAAACUGUCUGUCAGAGCACAAAAGCACAACCCUAGAGUCAUUGGUUGAUUUUACUCUCUCCGGUGUAUCCCCCCCCCCUCCCCGGACAAUGUGCAAGGCCUUCCCUUGAAAGCUGCUAUUGUUUCUCAUGGUGUAACUGACGACAUCGUGUUCCUCUCUCCUCCUUUUGUUUUCCCCCACUGUCCUGUAAAUUGACAUGUGCAGCCCCAGUCACAUGUGACAUAUGCAAUAAAGUGUUUACUGUGUUUCCUGUUCCCGGAGACAUCCAGAGAGGUUGUAUAGACUUUGCAAUUCAAGCACAAUGUGCACAUGCUACCAUUUUUUUAUGCAGAAAAGUGUUUAUAUGAAAUAGUCAAACUCUUUGUGCUCGGAAUUUGCUUUUUAAAGUUGUAAAAUAAAGGCGUUCUUUCUUAUAUGGCUGU